AUGGCCUUCUUUAAUUUGACCAUUUGCCUUUGCGGGCUCCUGGGAAAUGGCAUCGUCCUCUGGUUUCUCGCUUUCCACAUUAAGAGAAGCCACUUUACCAUCUAUAUCCUCAAUUUGACAAUUGCCGACUUCAGCUUCCUUCUGGGGCGAGUGGUUUGGAAUGUUACCAAGAUUCUUUAUGGAUAUUCUAGCACUCUUCUUACCAAGUGUGAAAUGUUCUACAUAUGUCAUGGAACACUAGUAUUCAACAUAUUUGUAUACAACACAGGGCUGGGUUUCCUGACGGCCAUCAGUGUGGAGCGAUGCCUGUGCAUGCUCUAUCCCCUCUGGUAUAGAUACCACCAUUUGAAAAAGAAAUCGCCUUCCAUCUGUGCCUUCCUCUGGCUCCUCUCAGUCUUCAUGGCAGUUCUGGAGUUUUUCUUUGAGGUCUACAUGGGGGACGAACACCCGAGAGGGAGAUCCAUCAUCAGUGUCUUCAGCUGUCUCCUCAACUUCUUGGUGUUUACACCUCUGAUGGUUCUGUCCUGCUUGGUUCUCUUCCUGAAGUCCUGGCGUCGAUCCCAGCACCAUCAUCCCGCCAAGCUCCAUGUCACCAUUCUGGUGACCAUCCUUGUAUUCCUUCUCUUUGGCCUUCCCCAGAAGGUGUGGUUUGUUGUCCAUUUUGGGUUCCAGGUGGACACCUCCCUGACUGUCUCUAGUAUCUUUGAGCUUCUCUCCUCCAUAAACAGCAGUGCCAACCCUGGCAUUUAUGUCUUUGUUGGCAACCUCUGGAGAAAAAAUAAACGGUCCCUAAAGCUAACUCUCUCAAGAGCCUUCAAAGAGGAUUUCCAAGGGAGAGAAGAUGGAGUGACACUCCCUACCACCAGCUCAGAGACCAUGAGGAGGCAGGACCAACAGAAGUAG